AGCGCACAAAAAACAAAAGAACAUUGUGUUUCUCUAUCCUAUCAUAUAGUUUACGUAUGCUAUGUGCAUAUAAACAAGAAGUAACCUGGUAACAGUUCGAUUUGUCAUUAAAAUAAAUAGGAGACGAUACAUCAUAAGGCAGCAAAAUGGCGAACGAAGUCGAAGAUACAAUGAAAAGAAUCCAGGCCCACAAGGGAGUGGUUGGAACAAUUGUUGUCAACUCUGAGGGUAUCCCAAUUAAAUCUACAUUGGACAAUACAACUACGGUGCAAUAUGCUGGAUUGAUAAGUUCAUUGGCUGACAAGGCCAGAAGUGUUGUCCGUGACUUGGAUCCAUCAAACGACUUGACAUUUCUACGCAUCAGAUCGAAGAAACAUGAAAUUAUGGUCGCCCCAGAUAAAGAAUUUAAUUUGAUUGUCGUUCAAAAUCCCACAGAUUAACCACUUAAUUUAACCAAUUAAUUAAUUUAAAAACUAUACUUUAUUAUCCAUUACCACUAUAUAUAUAUAUGAAUUUUAUUUAUAAUAAAAGCGGCAAUAUUAUUAUUAACAAAUUAUGAUUGUGAAACAAUAACUUAUAUAUGCUGGAAAUCAAAUUUAAAUAAAUAAACCACUUUUUUAACCUCA